AUGGGGACAGGUCCUCGAAGCCAGUCACUGCGAGUACCCCGGUCCUCCUAUGGCAAGCUUCAGGAGCCUUGGGGGCGGCCCCAGGAGGGCAAACUCCGCCGGGCACUGAGCCUCAAACAGGGACGAGAGAAAUCCGGGCGACAGGGGCUGGGAGGCGCAGAAGGGCUGGACUGCUCCAGCCCGGAGCAGCUGCAGGGAAGCCUGGAGGACACGCAACAGCUGAUCCAAGCCCAGCGAGGAGGCAGCCGGAGGUGGCUGAGGCAGUACCAAAAGGUGAGGAGAAGGUGGGACAGCUUCGUAGCCAGCUUCCCAGGUGUCACCCUGAGCCGACCAGCCUCCCCGGAGCCCCCGCUGCACAGCACCAGCUAA